AUGUCUGCUACAACGACCAUAACGGAACAAGCGCCUCGGACGAUAACUGUCAAGCCCACACCAACAUGGACGCCACUGCCUAUUGAGGGCGAGGUCCCGCGACCAUAUGACAUAGCUGAGUAUGGGCUUAAAGUGACGCCCCUGCACCCGACUUUUGCGUGUCAGCUGGAUGGGGUGAACUGGUCGAAACCCGUCUCUGCGGAGGUAUACAAAAAGAUCCGCGAGGUUGCUGACAAGUAUGCCGUGGUCGUCUGUCGGCAGACGACCUUGACAGAUGAGGCCCACAUCGAAUUCUCGCGCAACUUCGGAGAGCUGGAUGAUGUGCGUCCGUAUGUGCAGGCAGGACGGGUACAUCGUCUGCCAUAUCCAGAGCUCUUCGAUGCUGGCAAUAUCGAUCCUCACACCGGCGAUGUUGCACCAUUGACGGCGGCACAAGUGAUCGGCAAUAAGGCAAACGAGCUCUUCCACGUCGAUUCUUCAUUCAAUGCGCGCCGAGCAGGUCAUUCUCUGCUCCUGGCACGCAAGAUUCCGCCGGCAGGAACUGGUGGCCACACAGAGUUCUCUGACUCCCGCACCGCAUACGACGAUCUUUCCCAGGAAAUGAAGGACAAGCUGGAGGAUGUGGUUGCAGCCCAUUCACUGUUCCACUCCAGGAAAACAGUCAUGCCAGACUACUUCAAGGAUCUGGAUCCCAGCACGAAGGAACUCAGCUUCCACAAGCUUGUACAGACCCACGAAUGGUCGGGCAGGAAGAACCUGUACAUUGCGAGCUAUGUGCAUCACCUGCAAGGCAUGGACGCCAAAGAGAGUCGGAAACUCAUCGACGAACUCACAGCACACAUCUCAAAAGCUAAGUAUCGAUUGACAGUACCAUGGAUUCAGAAUGGCGAUAUGAUCAUCUGGGACAACACCAGCGUCAUGCACCGGGCGACAGGAGGCUCAUACGAGGGACGCUAUCCUCGCGAUAUGAGGCGCACCACGGUGAAAGACAUGAGCAGUACUCGAUUUGGUCUGAACGGUGAUGGAGCCGACUGGAGGGUAGGCUUGCCUUGA